GAAUCGGAAGCAGAUUUACCCAUUUGUGCUCCAAAUGCAGUUUGUUCGAAAAUUGAUCUUUACGAAACUCCCUGGAUUGAACGUCAAUGUCGUUGUCCAGAAGUCAAUCAUAUGCCAAAUAUAAUAAUACAUCAUCACCAUUCACAUCACCAAAGCAGCAAAGAGAAUGCUGCAUCACCGCACAGCAACUCUUAUGGAGAUAAGUUUCGAAACUAUUAUGAACGUGAGAAAAUCUUACACCACAAACGUUUGCUGGUUAGUGAGUUUGCGGAUAAAAAAUUCGAAAGUCUACAUCUGAAGAAGUUCAUACAAAAAUUGGGAGCCAUGUACAAAGAUGAUUUACAAUUGCAGCCAAGUGAUUACUAUGAGCAUGCAGACAAUGAUGCAGUGCCAUCAAUAGAAGACUUAGACGAGAUUACCGACAAUGAGUUUCCACAUACACCACGUCACAGUACAUACAGCAUGCGUGGCAUAACAACGAACACAGCACACAUGCGGCAUUCAGGUCACAUGACACAUAGAGCAAAGGAAGCAGCCACAAGUUUUAUAGGUGGUUGUCCAAGUGGCUUAGGCAUCGAAGAUGGACACACCAUAGCUGAUAAAACACGUCACUACAAACUUUGUGAACCAGUACAUAAAUUGCCAGUAUGCAAACACUUCCGUGACUACACUUGGACAUUGACGACAUCAACAGAGCUGAAUGUAACCGAGCAGAUUGUGCACUGCAGAUGCCCGAAGAAUUCUGUAACGUAUUUGACGAAACGAGAACCGGCUGCUGAUGGUUCGAACGGUUACACUUAUCUCUUUGCGUGUUCACCAUUGACGCGUAUUCGUUGCCAACGCAAACAGCCUUGUAAACUGUUCACUGUACGCAAACGACAAGAGUUUUUGGAUGAAGUCAACAUCAAUGCUUUGUGUCAAUGCCCCAAAGCACAUCAUUGCCCCAGUCAUCAUACACAAUCCGGUGUUAUUCCGGGCGAAAGCUUUUUGGAAGACAACAUACAGACCUACUCCGGCUAUUGUAUGGCCAAUGAUUGAUGGCUACAGCGUUACGUUGUCAACGAGCAAACAAACAUGAAUGUCAAACAUAAAGAGGAAACGGAAACGGACACUACACACACUAAAUCCUUCUGCGGAAACAAAUGUAAAAGUAGCAGUAGCAGUAGCAGUAGAAGUAGCAGUUACACUAAUCAUGUUAGCAUGUUGACUGAGCCAAUUGAGUCUCGCGUUACCAAUUACAAUUACAAACUAUAUUUGUUUAGAGUUACCAAAUUAUGGAUAUUUAAUAAAUAUUUAUUUAGUUUUAGAGUUGUUAUGCUAAAAAAGUUAGUAGCAGUGAAAUUGCUGCAACAGCAAAAUACUAAAAAUAGCAGCCAAGUCGUGUAUUAUUUUAAAUAUAAUUUAUAAUUUUAUGGUGAGAAAUACAAGCACAUAAAAAUGAAUGCUAUUAAUUAGAUACGAAAAAAAGAAUUCCUUUACAACUAGUUGCU